AUGGGCGAUAAAGGUAAGGGGAAGAAAGUGAAGCAGGUUCGUGCUCAACUCGUUUUGUUUGUUGAAGUCACAAGGGCUGGAAGAGGAAUUGCCCGAUUCGAUGUUGGAGUUGCGGAGCUCUCGUGGCACGAAAUCACCCUUACUAUUGAAAUGCUUAAAGGCAAAGAUCACAUUCCUAGUGUCAAGCUAAAGGCCAAAGAUAGGGGGCGACACAUAGCCUUUGACUUUGAAUCCCUUUCAAUGGGCAAAGUCAAUCCAUCAGUAAGGGGCGGAGGAAACACUAUUUCAAGUGAGGUGCCACCUCAUCCUUCUUGCCUUUCCAGGUUGCCUUCUUUCAAUGUUCAGAAGCCUUGA